AACACGUCUACCUCUGCUCGGAGCGGCCCUAGUUCUGCGCAUUUACAUCAGCCUGCCCACUCAUUACCAUGUUUUAUAUGCCCCUGCUCUCAGAAAGCAUCAUGGCAAAGUAGCUCCAUCCUCCCCUCCAAACGGGAAGUGAAGCAGCUUCUCGGAACAGGUGUCAGCGGCCGAAAGCUCUCAGCUCUGGACCUGAGAGGAAGUCAGGAAUCUAACUUUUGCGUUCCCCAUCAUCCCCUUUUUAUUCUCUUCCCGGCGCACAGCAGGCCUAUGCCGCGUUUUUAAUGUUUUCUAAAAUGGUAGCCAAGCUGACAUCUCUGCAGCAGGAGCUCCUCAGCGCCCUGCUGGACUCGGGAGUAACCAAAGACGUCCUGAUCCAGGCCCUGGACGACAUGGACCCCAGCCCGCCGAGCUUUGGAGUAAAACUGGAGAACUUGCCCCUGUCGCCCGCUGCGCCGCAGAGCGGCAAGAUGAACGGCGCAGACCCGGACUCCAAGCCCGUUUUCCACACGCUCACCAACGGCCACGGCAACAAGGGCAAAUUGUCCGGGGACGAAGGCUCCGAGGAUGGAGACGACUACGACACCCCGCAGAUCCUCAAGGAGCUCCAGUCGCUCAACACGGAGGAGGCCGCGGAGCAGCGCGCAGAGGUGGAGCGCAUGCUGGCAGAGGACCCAUGGCGAGCGGCUCGCAUGAUCAAAGGUUACAUGCAGCAGCACAACAUCCCCCAGCGAGAGGUGGUGGAUAUCACAGGGCUGAACCAGUCUCACCUCUCGCAGCACCUCAACAAGGGCACGCCCAUGAAAACCCAGAAGCGAGCUGCCCUCUACACCUGGUAUGUCAGGAAACAGCGGGAAAUUCUCAGACAGUUCAACCAGGCCGCAAACGGUUCAGGUGGCAGCAUGUCGGACAAAAGCAACCAGGAUCCAGCCUUUUUUUUCCCAGAGUUCAACUCCUCCGGUCAGGGCAUGAGUCAGCCCGGCGACGAGGUUGGCAGUGAACCUUCCUGCAAGAAAAUGAGACGUAACCGUUUCAAAUGGGGCCCUGCCUCCCAGCAAAUCCUGUACCAAGCUUACGAAAGGCAAAAAAACCCCAGCAAGGAGGAAAGGGAGUCGCUGGUGGAGGAGUGCAACAGAGCUGAGUGUCUUCAGAGAGGCGUCUCCCCUUCCAAAGCUCAAGGCCUCGGCUCCAAUCUGGUCACAGAAGUGCGGGUUUAUAACUGGUUUGCCAACAGACGUAAAGAGGAAGCCUUCAGGCAGAAGUUGGCUUUGGACGCCAUGGGUGCUCCGGCCCACGGCAUGAGCUCACUACUCUCCCACAGCUCCCCACAUCAUCCCCAGACCAGCGCAUCACCUCCCAUGCGAUACAGCCAAGGCCCUGGUGAGGCCGCCUCCUCCUCCAGCAUCAGUCACCACAGCAGCAACGGCAUGGUGACAAGCCAGUCUGUGCUUCAGCAGGUGUCUCCGGGAGGCCUGGAGCAUAGUCACAGUCUGCUGUCGCCUGACGCCAAAAUGAUUUCAGGUUCAGGUGGAGGACUUCCUCCUGUCAGCACUCUGACAAACAUCCACAGCUCCCAUCACAGCCACCAGCAGACGCAAAACCUUAUCAUGCCUCUCACUGGAGUCAUGGCCAUAGCACAGAGUUUGAACACGUCGCAGUCUCAGACGGUGCCGGUGAUUAACAGCGUGGCGGGCAGCCUUGCAGCACUGCAGCCGGUGCAGUUUUCCCAGCAGCUCCACAGCCCCCACCAGCAGAGCCUCAUGCAGCAGUCCCCCAGCCACAUGAGCCAGCAGCCAUUCAUGGCGACAGUCACACACUCACACAUGUACUCUCACAAACAAGAGCCCCCGCAAUACUCCCACCCGUCACGGUUCCCUUCAGCAAUGGUGGUCACAGAUGCCAACAGCCUCAGCACCCUGAGCUCCAUGUCCUCCAACAAAACGGAUGCUCCUGUAAACAAGAUGGUGCAACUUGGGGGUCUCUCUUGGUGUCCUCUUCAAGCUUGGUGAGAGCGUCCACCUGACUUCCUCGCUGCCCAGCAACUAGAGCACAUUUUACCACCUUCUCACCUCAGUUACCAUGACAACUCCUAAUAGCUCGCAACAGCGGCCUCGCUGAUGAGUCAGUCAACAAACACACAGGAGUGAUGACGGUGGGCAAGACGGCGCAAAUGAGAAAUGUGGACAGAGGUGGAAAAAGAAAAAAAGGAUUCAGUUUUCCCUGCACACGAAUGAUCAACAAGGAUGCACAAUUCACGGCAGUCUUUGAAAACAGUGUUCAGCUCUCCGUGCCUUCUUAUGAUCCUCUGUUGUCACAAAGGAACAAAAGCACACAAAGGAACUUUGGGAAUCUAAAUGAAACCUUUGUGAAGACUUCAACACUGAUUUAAGUUGGAAAUAUGACAGAGAGCCCUCCGCUGACGUGUGUGUGGAGGCUGUAUUUAACUUGCACGUGAGCAGACUGAGUAACAAUCAGAAUAACCUUUAUUGAUCUCUUGUAUGCAUUUCUUACUGGGGCUUUAAAGGAGUCUUCCAUUUUAUUCAUUGGCACACAGUUUUCUGUGCUGUUGAUGCCUGUGUGCCUGUUGUUUGAGUUCAUUUUGUAAACUGUGAUUGAAAGACUUUGACAAUCUUGAAAGGACUAUGCAAUGUCUGUGUGUGAGUGAUGCUUUGUACGACGGGGAUCCUGCACACGGCUCCACACACUUGAGGCUGGAAAUGACUAUGCACUAUCAGCUGUGUAAUAUACCCCUCGAUAAAGCUGCCUGUACCAUAAAACAAGAGCAUUUAGAUGUAUGUGUGAGUAACAUGUCAACGGACUGGAUCUUUUCUAGCUUCCCUGCGAUAUCAAGAACGCUCUUUAGUAGAGGGAGCACUGUGAGGCCUUCCCUUUCCAUGGAAACCUCUGACCGUUGUUUGCACACAUGUUCAGGUGAAUUUCAGGAAUGGGACUCGGCCUCCCCUUAUCUCCCCUACUUCCUGUAACAAUGUGAAAUGGGACAAACAUUGUUAAUAACUCCUCAUCAUAAAUCAUGAUGCAGGACCCCCCCCUCGUAAAAAUAAACCCAGAAAGGAAGCAAUCAUGAAAGAGAACCUUAUUGUGGAAGCAGCGACUCCAAUCAUACAGGAAUCCAGAAAGGCUGGGGUGGACCCAGACGCCCACACUGACAGUAUUAUUGUGCUUUUAUUAGGGAAAUGAUUAGGUCCCAGCUGAAAAAGAAGAACCAGCGUCUUCAAAGAAAAAAAAGAAACACAGUCAAAAUCUUGGAUGCUCUUUAUGCUUUCCGAAAUUCAAAUUCAGCAUUUUGAUUCUGAUUUUGAAACGUCCCGUCCAGCCUGUGAGUGUGCAGUUCUGUCUCCAGCGAUAGGUCAUGAAGUUGUUAUAGCGUGGUUGGUUUUUGACUGUUAUCGGCAUAUCUGCUGCCAUCUGAUCAGAGGGCACUCAUACCUGUGUGACCACAUGUGAUUUUAUUUUUUUUCUCCUUGUGUAUUAUUUUUGUACAAAAUUGAAAUCAAUUGUGAAUCAUUAUUUAUACUUUAUGAAAAAAAUAUUCAUAUUUCAAGUAAAAUGUUUUUUUUCCAAAGCAAGAA